CCUCAUAAUUGUUACUUUGUUGUUUGCAUAAAAACAUUAAAAUGAACAUAGAUCUAAUUUUAUUGUUUCAUGACUGUUUAUGACUUUGACUGAUGAAUUUAUACUCUAAGGCGUGCCUAAGGUUGGCAGUAUAUUUGCUGGCAUGUUUCUACACCCACCUCAUCGCGUUUUUUUUAUAAAUAUAGUCCACGUCCUCAAAUUUCUCUACUGGUUACAUUAGCACCAGAAAGCCCGGACGUUUGUGAAAACAUUUCAGUCAUGGAUUCCCCAUGUAUGGAAAUAGCAGCCCUGGGAAGACCUAUGUGUCCUGGCAUGCUGUACGAUUGCCGCAGGGAUUCCUUCAUUCCAGGAGUUACUUUAUGGGAUAAAAAGGCAUUGCUUGAUGAUAUUGAUGUGCGUCAGCAGCCUAGAACACAUUUGAAGUUUGCUUCCUCUGAUACUCUCAGUGAAAAGGCCAACCUCCUAGAUAUAAGUGCUUCACUUAAAGCAAGUUUCUUAUGUGGGUUGGUGGAGGUUGAAGGAUCAGCAAAGUACCUGCAUGAUAACAAAUCCUCAGCACAUCAAUCCAGAGUUACCAUGCAGUACAGCCAGAUGACACGUUUUGAACAACUCACUAUGAAGGAACUUGCCCAUAUCACCUAUCCACAAGUAUUUGAGCAGAAAACAGCCACUCAUGUAGUUACAGCUGUAUUGUAUGGAGCUCACGCUUUUAUGGUGUUUGAUCAUACAAGUGCAGAAAAUGAGAACAAACAGGAUGUUGAAGGAAAACUUUAUGCAGUGGUCAAGAAGAUUCCUAAGAUUUCCAUAGAGGGGGAAGCAUCCCUGAAGAUGACUGAAGGGGAAAAGAAAGUGGCUGAGAAUAUCAGCGUCACAUUUUAUGGUGACUUUGAACUUGAAGAAAAUCCAACCACAUACAAGGAUGCAUUAGGCGUGUACAAGAAGUUGCCCUUUCUGAUGAAUAAACAACAAAAUAAAGGUGUACCACUGACUGUGUGGCUGUUUCCUCUCACACUUUUGGAUAGUAACGCUGCAAAGUUGGUGAGAGAAAUCAGCAUGAGUCUGGUGCAUAAAACAGAAAAAGUGCUGGAAGAGAUGGGAGAAGUAGAAAGAAGAUGCAAUGAUUUGAUUAAAAAACAAAUGACAGAUAAUUUUCCUGAUGUAAAAGCCAGACUGGUAAAGUUUCAGGAUGUUCAUAUUGGUUAUAAGAUAGCAUUCCAGAAGGCACUGGUCACUGUUUUGCCAGAUAUUCGGGGUGGGACACAGGAGGACAAGGCACUGGGGGACAUACUGAGCAUCCACGACACAUCACCUUUUACAGCAGAUAAAAUGAAUCAAUGGUUAGAUUACAUGAUGAGUGAAUUGAGUAUACUGAGUUCCUGUGUGCUGAAGGACCUUAAAGUUGUGACAUCAUUGGGUUUGUUAAAUUCCAUCAUUUUGGACCCUACUGUAGAUGUGGUGGUAUGUUUGUCUUUUACAUCUCUAAAGUAUGAAGACUCCUACCUGGCAGCUACAGAAGACUUUCUGAAUCAUGGAGGGUUUACAAAACCUGAGCAAACAAAAGAGAAACUUUUCUCUCUCCAAGACGCACAGUUUUGGUUAAAUUCUCCUGACAUUUCCAAGCGCAUGAGGCAGAAUCUUUCUCUCUUUACUGCAUUUUCAAAGGCCAAUAAAAAUGACAACAAAGUCAAAUUCAUCAUUGCCUCCAUAUCUGACUCUAACAAUCUAGGAAUCUCCGUCCGACUUUAUCAGGAGGGCAGGCUAACAGAUCCUAAUUUCCAGCCUGUAUCCAAACCACCCAAACCUGUGCUGGAGACCAGUGAUGAAAAUGUCACUAUGAAGUUUUCAAAAUCCCCAACUGGAGAGACGGUGCGGUUUAGAGUUGAGUACAGGACGACACCGCCAACUGAUUCAGCAACUGAUGUUGACACAUGGAAAGUCACAGACACUUCAGAUGCACAGACCAGCUUCACACUGACUGAACUAACGCCAGGAGAACAAUACUGGGUCCGAUACAGAGCUGUUAGUGAUGUGGGAGUGAGUGAAGCCAGCGACUCUGUCCCCUUUACCUUUCAUAAGAAGCACAAUACAUUGACAGUGGGCCAGUCAUGGAACUUUUCCACGCUUUCUAACUUAAAUGAACUAAGAACAGAAAUAAUGACCAGUAUGGGAAUGUCACGAUGGUCUCCCUCUACUAUCAACUCAGAGCUUACAAAUGUUGUCAGCAGUCCCGACACUCCUUACAAAUAUGCAAUUUCUGGAGGGCUGAGACCAGGGAUGGCUUUUUACGUCCAAGGAGUUGUUUCUGGUCAAACGUUUAUGAUGGAUUUUCAGACAAACGAGGAGUCUUGUGAUGACAUCGCUUUUCACUUAAGGCAUAAGCUCAAUGACUUGACGUGCUGUAACAGUUUUAGGCAUGGGAGGUGGGAGAAACAAGAACACACAUCAGAAUAUAAACUUUCUGAAGGAUCAGCAUUUGACAUCUUUAUUGUGAUCAAAACAGAAGGCUAUGAGGUAUAUUUAAAUGGAAAAAGAUGUUACCUGUUCAAGCACCGCAUGUCACUGGAAAAAGUCAAUGCACUUGAAAUUUAUAGAGAUGUCAUAAUUAACACUGUUGGCAGUGUCAGGAACUGGACCACAUCUACCUUUAAUAAAGAACUAAACUCAGGCAUCUCACGCACAAAACUUUCAGACAUCCAGUAUGAUAUACCACAUCCAGUCAGCAGCCCGAUCAAAGCAUAUUCUGGACCAAUCCCCGGAGGCCUGAGAGCUGGUGUUGCUUUGUUCUUCCAAGGGGUUGUUGCUUCAGAUUGUGAUCGCUUUGAGAUAAAUUUGCACACUGGGGCAAAUAAUCAAGACAUUGCAUUCCACUUCAACCCCCGCAUGGACUCUGUGGUCCUUAACAGCAAGACGAAUGGUAAAUGGGACGAUCAACUUGAUAUACCAGGAGGCCCAUUUGUCAGAGGAGGAGCCUUUGAUAUCAUCAUGGUUGUUAACCCAGAAAACUAUGAGGUGAUUGUGAAUGGCUUGAAAUAUUGCACGUUCGAUCACCGUAUACCAGUGGACAAAGUGACUACACUUGGAAUUAAUGAAGACGUCUUCAUGAACAACUUCAGCAUUAUUGAAGUGGAAACUGUUACCCUGAAAAUCACCUAUCCUGCAUAUAUUUGAAGAUUCAGAACCUCCCAAAAGCAUGUUUGCUUCAUUCUUCUCAACAUUAUCAGGAGGACAACAAAUGUCUUUUAAUUAUUCAGUGAUUUUUUUCUCAUGAUUAUUUUGCAUUAGAUUUCUUUUGCAUAAUGUUGCAUAUAUCCUUCGUACAGUUUUGUUGUGCUUUUACAAUACUAAAUGAUACUGAUAAUUUCACUUAAUCUAAACAUAAUUGCCUUUGGAGCAGUGGGUUUUCUAUACAUAUGAUUUUUAGAUGAACACAUUUUUCAAUAACAGAGGCAAUAGAGGUCUGGAAAUUACUGUAGUUGUGGUAACAAAACUAUAAAAGUUCUAUAGUUGACAUUUUCCUUUUCUUCUCUUUCUUUUUUAAUCCUAUGGUUUCAGCACAUACCUUUUUACUAACACAAAGUUUGAAACUGAGACAAAUAUAAAUACAAUAUUGCACCAGUAGAGAGCACUCAUUACUCAUUUCUUAAAAAUAUAAUCAUAUGCAGAAUAUUUAAAGCAUAAUUGAAUCAGUUAUUUACUCCUUUUGCUCACAAGAAUUGUGGUGUGAUUUUUGUUUUGUUAUUGAUGAAUUGGGAACAUAUGUACUUCUUGAUCAAUUAUUUUAACAAUGUACUGAUUGUAAUCAUUAAAUAAAUAAUAAAAUAAAGUUUGAAACAUUG